ACGCGUAUCUGCCUCGCCGAGCUUAGAUUUGCUCGAACCCCACAUUUUUUAACACUUAACACUUAACUAAUUUUUAAAAAAAAAUUUUUUUUACCAAAAAUUUGAAUUUUAUUUUUUUUUUUGCCAAGUGCUCGCUCUCAGUGUUUUUAAGUGUCCAAAGUAAUAAAAAAAACUCGAGGAUUUACAAAGUGAAAGUGAAAAAAUUUUUAGUUUAUAUUUGAAGUCAUCGUUUGCUUCUGUGUUUUAAAAAGUUUUUUUUUUUAGAUACUAAAUUUUAAACAGAAAUUUCAGAAAAUUUUUUUUUUAAUUUGAAAAUUUUCACUGAGUGUUUUAAGUGUCAGAAGAUUUUCAAAAUUUUUUUACAAAUUUUGAUUAAUAUGAGCGGGAAAAAAGUUGUAAUGAAAUCAAAAUGUUAAAAAAUUGAUAAAUUUUUGAAAAAUUCCAUUAAGUGUGAUUAAGUGUCUUGCGAGAUAAAUCGAUUUUUUUCGAUUUUUUAGUCAAUAUACCGAAAAUAUAUGACAAAUAUGACCGUAGAUUUUGAAAUUUCAAAUUUGGAGCGAAGAAAAAAAUUUAAGUGUCAAGUGUCAAAAUAAAAUUUUUUUCAAAAAUUGACUAAAUUUUUUUUGGUCAAAAUUAUAACGGAUUCCGAGUGACCAGGGAAAAAUGUAAUUUUGAAAUGAACAGUUAACACUUGAGAGAACAGUUAAAUUUUCUCUUAAGUGCUCACUCGAUUUGAAAUAAAAAUUAAAAAUGGUGACUAUGCAUUUUGAAUUUGGAUUUAAGUGCCAGCGAUAAUGUGAAUUUAAAAUGUUGUAGUGUGAUAUGUUUAAAUGUUUUUGUAUUUAUAUAUUUAUAUAUUGAUAUAUAUGUAUAUGUAUAUAAAUAUAUAUGCAUGGUAAAAUAUAUGAGUGUGUGUUAAGGAUAUGCGGUUAAGAUAUUGAGGAUAUUAAGGAUAUUUCCUUAAUAUAAAGUGGCCGGUUGGUCAUUUUAGUGGAUGUGAGGAUUUUGAAAAGCAGACACGAAGGCCAGCCCGACGCAAUGCGUCGACGCUGCUGACGCAACGCGCCUGGAUGCGUCUCACUUUAAACACGUUACCACAGCUUGCCGUCUUAGCGAAGAUUUUGUGCCUACUGAUGGUGGUGAUGUGCGGGGCGGUGCCGGCAAUGGUGCGCUCCGUGAGUCUCUACUCGACUUGCAGCAGCGGCAAUAUUACGGUGAUUGGACGCACAGUUAAAGCAUCAGCGCGUGAUGAUGAUAAUGCACCAUUUCAAAAACUUACAACGCAAUCGGAUGACUUCAGUAGGAAGUUGUACAUCUUCGCUGAAAAAUCCCAACGGUUUAUUUGUUUUAAUAAACGUUGGAAACCAAUUGCUUUGCCUAAAAAACAACGUGACGAAAUGUGCCAGUUUUACGAAACAUACAACGGCCCAUACUUGAGGUACCGCAGCGCCGUCGACGAGACAAAAUACCUCGGGUUUAACAAAUUCGGUAAACCAAUAAAAGGACAACGUGCUCGCGCCGAAUGCUACAAUUUCAUGAAAUUCAAUCCCAGCUUCAGUAUCAACGACCACAACGACUGGAUGACUGGCAACACGCGCGUCCGCGAAGUCCACAGAAAACAUCAUAAUCAUCACAACAACAACAACAACAACAACAGUCAAGAACAACAGGACCAGCAGUCCCAGCAACCGCGAAAUAAACCGCGAGCCGAAAAAAACCGCAAAUCCCAUGAGCAAAAAUCACAAAAACAAAAUUUACCGCGACGGCAAAUCGCGCCCUUACUUACCGACACCGAGCGACUAAAUCAACAAUUAGAAAUAGAUCAUUACCCUCAGCACGACAUGUCGCGACCUCUCGACUUGUUUGAAAAAAAUCCCGAUCAAUUUCUACGGGCCGAUCCCAUAGCCCUCGAUCUCGAUCCCCAGGAGUUUCUGCUCGAGAGGCAGAAGAAAUUUCUCUUAGAGCGGGAUACCAUAACCUACCAGCGAAAAAAAAAUUCCCACCGCGAGGUCUCGCGACACGCGGGCCGUAAGAAAAAUCAUCUCCAAGACUCGGCGAGUCCCGAGCAGAGCCACCGCCAUCGACAUACGAGUCGUGUGAAAUCGGGCGAGCCGACGCGCAGUAGACGGCAUCGUGUUCUACUUAAUGCGACCAAGUAUUAAUUUUUUUUUUUUUUUAAAUUAAUUUUUUAUUAUUAUUAAUUAUUAUUAUUAUUAAAUAUGAUCAAGACUGCCUCUUUUUUUUAUAAAUCCGAAGUGCCGGUUUCACACGCAAAUUUUAUUAGGUUUUUUUUUUUAUUUUUUUUAUUUAAGUAAUUACGCAAUAAAGCCUCGUAGUUUUUUUAGAAUGUAAUUGUUGUGAGUGAAUUCAUGUCGCUGAGCGUGUAUUCGUGCUGAUUAUUACGUAAUAAGAGUUUUUUUUGCAUUAAAACUCGUCACGACAAAAUGGCGGGUUCAAUUCGAAUUAAAAUGGCGCCGGUUGUUUUAAAAAAUUGGCGGGAAUUUUUAAAUUCUAAUGGCGCGAAAUUUUAAAAAUUUUUAGUGUCACAAAAUUUAAAAAAUUUUAAUGGCGCGAAAUUUGAAAAAUUCUAAUGGCGCGAAAUUUGAAAACAUUUAAUGGCGCGAAAUUCGAAAAAUUCAAAUGGCGCGAAAUUAAAAAAAUUUAAGAGGCGCGAAAUUAAAAAAAUUUUAAUGGCGCGAAAUUAAAAAAAUGUGAAUUUGAAAACAAAAAAUUUUGAAUGCAAAAAAACUCUUUCCCAAAGUAUUUUUUAUUAAUUUUUCUAUUGACGAAUGAACUUUGUCAUUAAAUAAAUAAAUGAUGUGAAUGAUUUUUUAGUACGAUUGUGUGUAAAAUAUUAAUUAAUUAAUUAAUUAUUAAUUAUUAUUAUUAACCUUUAUUAUUAAUUUUAAAUAAUAAUAAUAAUUAUGAUUAUUAUUAUAAAUUGUAAUUUUAUGAAGUUGAAGUUUAAGUAAUAAAUAAUAAAAGCUAAUGCAGACUGUAUUACUAGAUUUUAGUGUUUAGGUGGCGACUCAACGAAAAAAUCGCUUUUUUUAUCUGGUCAAGAAAAAACGGAAUUUUUUUUUUUUUUAAAUCAAUUUUUUUUUGUAGGUAGGUCAUGUUGGUACUCUUUCCACCGGAAAUUCACUCCUCUACAACUUUGGUCCUCAUAAAAAUUACUCUAGAGUCAAUAGUUUCUGAGUUAUAAAGUCGGCCCACGGUUUUAAGAUUCACAGGAGAGUAAAAGUGACGUUUCUGGGCAAACCGUCAGUCUGAUUGAAAUUUUUAUAAGGACCAAAGUUGUAGAGGAGGAGAUUUCCAGAAGAAUGAGUACCAACAAGACAUACUUUUGAUAAAUAUAAAUAUAUAUGAAUAUAUAAAAUAUAUAAAAAAAAUUUAGUUACCGAUAAAAUUUUAGUUUUAUUUAAAAAAGUGCAGAAUUACAGAUAAUAAAAUUUAAUUUUAUUAAAAAAUAUAAAAAAAAUAAAAUUCCGUUUAAAAUAAAAUGGCGUAGAGUUAAAAAUAAAAUUUAUUUGAAAAAAUAAUAAAUAAAAAUUAACGACUGGGCUUCGCGAUGUAACAUGUAUGCUGUAGUGAAAAGUAAUUGAGUAAAAAAAUAGUUACUACUAACUGACUAUUAUUAAUAAAUAUUAUUAUUAUAAAAAUAAAAUAAUAAAUAAAAAAAAAAUAUUUAAAAAAAUAAAAAAAAACGUAAUUCGACGCUUAUUAUUUAAUAACGGACAACUAAUAUAAUGUGUAAUUGUAACAAUGGUAUUAUAACGCCACCCUGAACAACAAAAUAUAUAAUAAUGAUAAUAAA